AUGUUCAGGACCAUUCUUAUAGGGUUGGUUUUAGUGGUAGCAGCUUUCUGGGCAGGUGCAACGUUCAAUGUUGGCGGCAGUCCGGUUCUUCUGAGAUUAGUGAACGAUGACGACUCUGGUACCAGCUUUCGCAAUAGAAAUUUGGGAUUGACGGGCUACAAGCUAUUAGACUUAUUUGAAAAACAAGUUUUGACGAGUGAAAGUGCUGAAAAGAACGAAAAUGUGCGAGUUUCAAAAUAUUAUGACGAAUUUGUGAAGUUUGUGACAAAAGGUUCAGCAGAGCAGCAUGAUACAAUUUGUUUCCCAGAAAGCUCUGUGAUUUCUAAGCUCAACAGAGACGUUAAUCCGGUCUUUAACGUGCACUCUCACAACGAUUACUGGCGAAAUUUGCCCAUGUAUGAAGCCCUGUGUCACGGCAUUACAAGUAUCGAAGCGGAUGUUUGGCUGGUUAACAACAGUACCGAAUUGGCGGUAGGUCACAAUAAGGGAUUUUUGGACCCUAUUCACAGGAAUUUAGAGUCACUGUACACUGGGCCACUUCUAACCAUGCUUAACGAAGUUAAUUGCCAUCAAAGUGAGCACAAUGACCAAAAGUACGGGCUUUUCUACAACUCACCAGAAACAACAGUCUACCUCUACAUCGACUUCAAGUCAGAAGACAGCGCGAAAACAUACGAUCUUCUUAUCAACAGAUACCUCGCUCCAUUAAUUGACAUGGGUUACGUGACGUAUUUAGACAUUGAAAACCAAGGCGUUGUCUGGAAUCCACUCACUAUUAUCCUGACAGGAGAUUAUCCAACUGAUCUAGGAGUGCUAGACGGGGAACAAAAUGAUGGAAUUCUCCAUACAAAUCAAAGAUUUGUUUUCAUUGACGCUCCGCUACACCGCCUUGAAGAAAGGCAUUCCACUUUAUCACUGGUAGCCUCGGCUUCAUUGUCACAACUUCUCAGAGGCUGCAAAGAUAGUGAAAUAAGCAUGGGGUUGGGCCUCUCCUCCGAUCAACUGCAGUGUAUAGUUCCUUAUAUCGAGCGUGCCCACUCGAUGAGUUUGAAAACUCGCAUCUGGGGUGUCCCCUCAUGGCCCAAGCAACUUAAUACAAGGUUGUUGGGGCAACAGGCAUUCGAUCUUCACGUGGAUUUUCUGAACGUUGACGAUCUUUAUGCUACUGCUCAUCUUUUCUAA